AUGGAAAAUAAAGAAAAUAAAAGAAGAGGUUUUUUAAAAAAUUGGAAUAUUAAUUAUUUGUCAACAAAUUUUAAUAAUUUUAUAAAACAUAACGAAAACACGCAUAAUACAAAACAUGAUCAAAAAGAUGAACAUGUUGAUGAUAUCAAAACAAAUAAUAUAUAUGAUAAUAAUAUAAAAUUUAUAAAAGAAAAAAUGAAAGAAAAUAAUAAUAAUAAUAAUAUAAAUAAUAAUAUUAAUAUAAAAUUAUCAUCUUCUAUAUCUAAUAAAGAUUAUUAUGAUACCUUAAAUCAUAAUAUUAAAGAUUGUAUACAUGUAAUGAAUGAUUCUAAUUCUAGUACCAAUAAACAUACUUCCUAUUUGGAUUUCUGUGAAGCAUGGUCAAAAUUUAAAUUUAGGAAUUUAGCUAGUCAUGCAAAUGAUCAAAUAAACAAAGACAAUCCAAGUUAUAAAAAUGGAGGAGAACCACAAAAUAAUGGAUUUACAAAGAAAAAUUCAUGUGAUAAUAAAGGUUUCUUAAAUUGUAGUACAGCAAAUAAUAUCUCCAGCAGUAAUUAUUUGAAUACUCAUAAUAAUAUCAAUCAUUAUACUAAUCGUGAUCAUAACAAUAUUGAUAAUAAGAAUAAUAAGAAUAAUCACCAUCAUAGUAAUAAUAACAACAUUAAUAAUUAUAGCAAUAAUAACGAUAAUAAUAAUAAUAAUAAUAAUAGUAAUAAUAAUAAUAAUCAUAACAAUAAUCAUAACAAUAAUCAUAAUAAUAAUAAUGAUGGUAAUCAUUUUAAUCGUCACAAUAAUUAUAAUAACAAUCAUAUGAAUAAUUAUAAUGGUCAUAAUAAUAAUAAUGAUGAUGAUGAUAACGGUGAUCAUAGUGAUAAUAAUAACAAAAGAAAUAAUACGUUUUAUAAAAAUAAUGAUGCCUCUUCAGUUUCCUCAUCAUCUUCUAUAUCCUCAUCUUCCUCAUUUGUUUCAAAUGAUCCUUAUUCAGCAAAUAAUCCAAAAAGAAAUAAUGAGCAAUGUAAGAGGAAAAAAAAAAAAAAAAAGGAAAAAGAAAAUAACAACAACAAUAAUAAUAAUAAUCAUAAUAAUAAUAAUAAUAAUAAUAAUAACUGCCCAGAUAUGGACACGUAUAAUAAUAAUAUCGGUGUAAUGAAUAAUAUGAAUAAUAAUAUGGAAAGUAAUAUGAGGAGUGAUGCACAUACACAUCAUAACCAUAUUAAUGGAAGAAAUAGUUAUAAUAAUAGUUGUGGUAUACAACAUAAUUAUAAUAAUAAUUACAAUCAUUAUGAACAUAAUAAUUCAAAUGAUAGUUCUGCAAGAAGUGAAAGAAGAAAUAGCUUAAAUAAUUUUAAUUUCAGAAAGGGUUCAUCAAAUGAUAAUAGUGAAUUUUAUAAUAAUAAAGAUCAUUCUAAUGAUUUAAUAAAUAAUCAUCCUAUUCAUCAUAUGAAUAGUACAAGUCAUAGUAUGAAUAAUAAUACAAGUCAUCAUAUAAAUUAUUCCAGUCAUAAUGUUAUGAAUAAAAAUUGUGGAAAUAAAAGAAAUUAUACAUCUAACAAUUCUGGGGAUUAUAAUGAGAGCGUAAAAAGUAACAACUAUUAUAAUCAUGCAGGUAAUAAUACGAAUUAUUAUAAUAGUAAUAAAAAUAGUGCUUCAAGUGAAAAUUUAAAUAAACUCAUAAAAAAAACAGCAGAGACAGGAGAAGGAGAUAAUUUAAAAGAUUCUAUUGAUAAGACAGAAGAAGUGGAAAAAAAAAAUCCAAAUAUGAUAAAUAUUGAAAUGUUAAAUCCAGAAGAUAGAAAAAAAGAAGCUGAGAAAUAUAAAGUAUUAGGAAAUCAAAGUUAUAAAUUAGGUUAUUUUGAAUCAGCUAUUGAUUAUUAUACUAAAGCUAUACAAUAUGAUAACACUAAUCAUGUAUAUUAUACUAAUAGAGCUUUAUGCUAUAAAAAACAAAAAUUAUGGAAACUAGCUAAUAUGGAUGCUAGACAAGCAUUAAAUUUAGAAGAAGAAUCAGUUAAGGCUCAUUUUAUUCUUGGACUCACUUUAUUACAUUUAAAUAGUUUAGAAGAAGGAUUAAAAAAAUUAACAAAGGCAAAAACUCUAUCAAGCUAUUUAAAAGAUUCAAAUGAAAGUGAAAUUAAUAGAUAUAUUAUGCAAGCCAAAAAAUUAAUUUAUUUACGUGAUGAACAAAAUAAACAAUUGUCCUACACAGAAUUACAAUCCUUUUUUAUUGAUAAAAUCAAUUUAUUAAACCAAAUAGGAUAUAUAACCAAUGAAGAAAAAUCUUUAAGAAUACAACAAACGGAAGGAAUUUUUAAAGAAUUAUUAGAUUCCUUUCAAAAAAAACAAGUACCAGAUUAUUUAUGUUGUAAAAUAUCUAUGUGCUUAAUGAAUGAACCUGUUAUAACUCCUAGUGGUAUGACGUAUGAUAAAAUAUUCUUAUAUGAACAUGUAAAACAUAAUGGUUCCUUUGAUCCUGUCAGCAGGGAACAAUUUUCUAUACGUGAAGUUAUUCCAAACUAUGCUAUAAAAGAAGCAACAGAGCACUUUUUGAAAGCAAAUCCAUGGGCCUUCGAGGAAUGA